CGGGCCGCUGCCGCCGCCGCCCAGGGGACUCCGCCAGCGGCCGUGCCGUGCGCCACAGCUCGGAGGGUCCUGCAGCCACACGGAGCCUCAGCGACCCGUGCCCAGCACCCCGACGCCCAUCAGCGCUGGGCUUCCGCUGCAGGAGGCGGCCCGGCCCGCAGCAUGCAUACAUCUGGUUGGAGGGAGGCAUGGGCUGCAGAGGAACCUGACAGUGUCUGGUCAGAUGCAGUAACCCAAUCUGCCUCUGGAGGGUGGGAAGAGAAGAAGAAGGAGAGGAGAGAAGAGGAAGUGGCUCCCAUCCCAGCACCGGUGGACAGAGAGUGAGCGAGAGAGAGAGAGGUCUGAAAAACGAUAGAUUAAUCUGGGAAAGUGAAUGAUGCUAAAAGUGGAAAUACAAUAGCAGAACACUAACAAAUUGAGAGGAUGAAGGGAAAAUGUGAUGUGUACAACAAAGAAGAUUAUAGGGAGAAAAUACAGAUGGAGAAGAAGCAAUCUUUGAGCCUGGCAUGUGUUUGAUGGUGUAAACUUCCAAAUAUUAAAAUAUAGGAAAAGAGAAAGCAAGCCCAGUUACUCCCCCUUAUGUCUUCCCCUCCACCCCUCAGCGCCUCACGCCUGCUGACAGACCCAGCGGAUCAGCGCUUUCCCCCUGCUCCCCCCACCUCCUGCCUGCGACAAUCAGCUGAUUUGUGGUGUUCAGGAGGCUGGAGAGAGGAGGGAGGACGCGGUGCCUCCUGAACGAUGCAGACCAGCUGAUUGCCGAGGGCAGGAGGCAGGGGAGAGAGCGGGGAGGCUACGUGCCGUGACCUUGCCCCUCCUCCCAGCCUCCAGAAGGCCACAAGACUGCUGAUUGCCGAGGACAGGAGGCAGGAAAGAAGAAUAUAAAUGCAAAAGAGGUGAACCAUUUCCUGGACUGGCUACAACAUACUGGUAUUUGUACAAAGUGUUUAGAAACUUGUCAACUUGCCAAACUGGUUUUUGCUGCACAUCUGACAGGAUGAACAAGCAAAAGAGAGGUUUUUUGUUGUAUUGGAACAAUAGUGACUGCUGCCUGGUUUAAAGUAAACUUAAGACUGCAUGAAUUUGCCUGACGAAAUGAAAGAAGUGACAUUCUGGUCACCCAAAGAGGUGGCAAAUUGGCUGAUGGAGAAUGCUGUUCCAGAAUACUGUGAACCGUUGGAAUUUUACACUGGGCAGGAUUUGAUCAAUCUAACUAAGGAGGAUUUUAAGAAGCCACCUUUGUCACGUGUGUCUUCUGACAAUGGACAGAGGUUGUUGUACAUGAUAGAAACUUUAAAAAUGGAGCAUCACAUUGAGGCCCACAAAAAUGGGCAUGCCAAUGGUCACCUCAGCAUCAGUACAACCGUCACCACAAGUGAAAAUGAUUUCAGCACUAAAAUCAAACUGAAUGGGAUGCCAAAUGGAUAUAGGAAGGAGAUGAUAAAGAUCCCCAUGCCAGAGCCAGAGCGUUCCCAGUAUCCUAUGGAGUGGGGGAAGACUCUCCUGGCUUUUCUUUAUGCACUUCUCUGUUUCAUCUUUACCACAGUGACGAUCUCAGUAGUCCAUGAACGAGUGCCUCCCAAGGAGGUGCAGCCUCCCCUACCAGAUGCAUUUUUUGACCGUUUUAACCGUGUACAAUGGGCCUUUUCUAUUUGUGAAAUUAAUGGCAUGAUUCUUGUAGGACUCUGGUUAAUUCAGUGGCUGCUCUUAAAAUACAAGUCUAUUAUUAGCAGAAGAUUUUUCUGUAUAGUUGGCACACUAUACCUAUAUCGGUGUAUUACGAUGUAUGUAACUACACUGCCAGUACCCGGUAUGCAUUUCAACUGCUCUCCAAAGCUCUUUGGAGAUUGGGAAUCUCACCUGAGGAGGAUAAUGAAAUUGCUUGCUGGAGGAGGGUUAUCUAUCACAGGAUCCCACAACAUGUGUGGUGACUAUCUCUACAGCGGCCACACAGUCAUGUUAACACUUACAUAUUUAUUUAUCAAAGAGUAUUCACCUCGGCGACUUUGGUGGUACCAUUGGAUUUGUUGGGCUCUUAGCAUAGUUGGGAUGUUCUGUAUUCUCUUGGCGCAUGACCACUACACUGUGGAUGUGGUGGUGGCUUACUACAUCACUACAAGACUUUUUUGGUGGUAUCACACAAUGGCCAAUCAGCAAGUGCUAAAAGAAGCUUCCCAAACUAACCUCCUUGCACGGGUGUGGUGGUACAGGCCCUUCCAGUACUUUGAAAAGAAUGUUCAAGGAAUUGUACCUCGCUCUUACCAUUGGCCCUUCCCCUGGCCGAUGCUACAUCUCGGUAGACAAGCUAAAUACAGAAAAUUGGUGAAUGACACAUAACAGCUGUUAAAAGUAGGGGGAAAGGAACUGUCCAAAGUGCUCAGAACUCCAUGAGAGAAGAUGCCAUAAAAAAGUGAACUCCUCCGUAAUCUUUUAACCAUUUCCUUGACUUAACCAAUUCAGUUACCUGGAAAGCACUGUGAUCUUUUUUUCUCUCCAAAGGAUCUGCGUUGGACAACAAUAAAGAAAAUUUAACUUAUCAUGCACUGUAUACAUUUCUUGUUAAUAGAUUUGGGAAUUAUAUUACUCAUCACCAUGUUCCAUUGUAUAUGAUGCGACAGCAUAAAUGAAAACUUUUAUAUCAUAUGUUCCGGUCUUUCCAGUCACAUCUGGGAAUAAAACGUAUUAUUUUCUUGGGAAAACAUACUUUUCAUAUCUCUUGCCCCAAAGAUUGGGCUGUAAGCCAUUUUCUAGCAAAUGUCUAUAUGAAGGUUUCUAAAUACCUGACGGGGGAAAAAUUAAAACUCUUUCUACCUGUUACACCAAUGUUACAAAUAAAAUGAUAAAAGACAGAAAGGUUUAGUAACUUUUGAUUUUGUAAAAUCUGCAGUGACAGUGUCAAAACGUGCAAAAAAUAUAGUAUUCUGUUGUAAAGUGAUUUUCUAAGUAUUUCCUAACUUUAUUUUUCAAAAUAUGUAUGAAAAUGAAAUUUAAAAAGAUUUUUACAUGUCAGAGAAAAGAGAGUUAAAAUAAAAAAUGCUUCUUGGAAGAGAGAGAUCUGUCUAUGUUUCUAGUGCCUUUCUUGUCUUGAUUGUAUGGUCAGUAGGCAGUCUUAGAUGUUCUUAUUUAAAAUAAAAUAUUUCAUGAAAACACAAAUAUAUGUACUGUAUACAUUAAUAAAUUUUACAUUUAUAACUAAAUUAAACUGGAAAUUUACUUAAAGUGUUGAAAUUGCUAUUAGUAGGGAAAAAACAAAUCAAAGGCUCAGAUCUUGUUCACACAUUGUGGGCAGAUCUUAGUAAAAUGCAAGAUUUAAAUUGAUUUUAUUAUCUAUUCCGUAACUGGAUUUUAACUGUCAAGACAACAGCCAUGGAUUCACUUUUUCAGGAGUUUUACAGAUGAUAACUGACUUCAAAUUGAAUAGUUUCUCCAUCCUUUAAUGAAAAUGUUGUUGAAAAACAACAAAAAUAAUCUAUUUCUUUAAAAUAUAUUUGUGCAGAAGCUGCAUGUACCUCUAAGUUUCAUUCCUACCAUACAUACUGUAUGUUUGGGGAAGUAUUCUAUGAUAUCCUUGCCAAUGUGCAGAACAAAAUAGAUUUUUAAGAAUGAAGAAGAUAUCCAUUCUGUAUUUUAUGUGAAGCAGAGUUAUCUUCUAUAGGGUUAUUGUGUAUUCACAAGGUGAUAUUUGUAUUGUAAAACAAUAAUGGUGAAGGAAAAUAAAGAGACUUUUA